CCUGGAACUUCAUUUAUUAUGCCUAGCACGACUGAGAAGAACUUAUUCCCAUGUCAUUUUGAUAGUCACCACGUGCCGAGUGGCUUUUUUCUUUUUUUCUUCUCUUUUUUUCCCGCUCGUAAAGACCCAUUCCCAGUGUCACCGCUCCUCUCGGUAUCGCAGACACGAUUGGCUUGCCACGAUCUAUUUCCUCUCGUUGAAACUAUACAUGUAGUACGACUUGUCGCAAAUCGCCAAAGCUGGUAUUAGUUCCAGGACACCCCAGAGCCUCUGCAUUGUCUUACUCCGACUGGUGACCAAAACCUCCAUUUCGGUACCAGCGCUUCCGAGUUGAUCAAAAGGUUCUCUGCCGACCAGGAUCUGACAAUAUCCACGCUGCCUUUCUCCUAAUAGUAAUAUCAAAUUCGUCUGGCCAGAUGCCUGGAUCAGAAACAACACCACUGCUCUGGUCAGACGUAGUACGUCGGGACACAUACCGGUCGCGCUCGCAGGACCGGCUGCCAUACUGGCGCCAAGAUGAGGUGGCCGCCAACACCAUUAAGCACAAGGACCUAUCGGGCAACAACCCUCACGCCCAGUUCUGCACAUUGACGGGAUGCCCUUCGUCGGGUGGUCUGGCCCCGGGUCAGAAGAAGCCCGCCGUCAACAAGAACUCCCUCUACGGUCGCACGACGUCAUUGCUGGCGUCACAGCGCCUCAACUACAACUUCAGCGCCGCGCUGAGUAACACCCUGCUGCUGUCCCAAGUUGUGCUUGGCGCGGCGCUCACGGCGCUGGGCGCGUCUGCCUCGUCGCACAUCCUCAUCACGAUCUUCGGGGCGAUGAACACCAUCAUCGCGGGCUUGGUGGCCUACCUCAAGUCGCGGGGGCAGCCGAUGCGGUCGCGCAUGUACCGGGACGACCUGGAGCGGCUCGCUGACGAGAUCGAGAACUCGGAGGUCAUGUGGCGGGGCAUCAGCGAGGGCGUGCACGGGUAUGAUGAGAUCGACACGGACGAGGUGACGGUGCGGUCCGAGGUGGCGCGCCUGACACGCCUGUACGAGCGCGCCGUCAGGCUCAACGGCAUGAACAACCCCGACAUGUACAUGGCGGGCGCCGGCGGCUUCGAUGGGAACCCGAGCGGUGGUGUGCGCCCGAGCCGCAGCGGCCAGUACCCGGGCAUGACGUUGCCUGCUGUCACGGCGCCGGCCGCGCCUCAGCCUGCGGGAGAGAACGCGGGCCCGGUUGUGCCAGUUGUGCCCGCGCCCGAAGACGCCUCGCCCGCCACAAAGGUUGUUGCGAAAGUGGAUAAGAAGGAGGAACCCAAAGCCGAGGAGCAACCGUCAAAUGGUGAAACGCCCAUUGAGAAGGCCAAAGCAGCCGAACCCUCGAGUUCUAGUGAUGGUGGAAGUUCAAGUCCUGUACCCGAAUCGACGCCUAUCCCGACCCCUGCUCCAGCGCUUCCUCCUACUCCUUCUCCUACUCCUGCUCCUGCACCUACUCCUGCACCUACUCCUGCUCCUGCACCUGCAUCUGCUCCUGCACCUCCGGCCCAGGCUACGGUAGAUCCAUCGCCUGCCGCUGCUCCCGUUGACCCAGACGCAUCACCUGCUACGGCCGCGCAUCUGAAGCCCAAGCGAACAAAGUCCAGCCCAGCGCCAGCCGGAGGAACCACUAAUGGCGACGAAGUGUAAGAACAGCGCGUGCGUGGCGCGCCAGUUGAGAAAUACUUUGCAGCGUAAUAUCGGGGGCAUCAAUAGCAGUUGGAGUUUCUGGGUUGCAAUGAGAUUUAAGCUGGAGCGGUUAUGGUAGAGUGGUUCUAAGACAGCACUGGAACACGAUUAGAUGAAGUUUAUACGAACAUGGAAUGAGUAAUAAUAAUCUUAGAC